AUGGCGCAACCACAGCAACAGCAGCAGUUUUCAAUGUCACAGAGGCAAUUCUCUCCUCAAGAUGCGCCAUCGCCAGCUGGGCAGCAGUCAUAUCCAUUUCCUCCACAAAAGCGACAACGUCUGUCACCGAAUCCUCAGUCGACACCGACAUCACCAUAUACGCAAUCGCCAUAUGCAAUGAGUCCAGGACCAGCAGGGCCGCCCUCCGCGACGGCUUCACCUCAUUUUGCAAAUGUUUCUCUUCCUGCGGGUGUAUACAAUACGCCAUAUUCGAAUGGCAAUACAACUCCUACUUUGAGCCUACCUACCACCCCGCAACCUCAGCAUCAAAUGCACCACUCACAGCAGAAUCCUCUCAACUACUCUUCACAGACGCAUAGUAUGGCAUCGACCUAUCAAAACUAUAACAUGCCACAGCAUGGUGCCGGUAUGAUGGGCCCUCCAUCCAAACCACCCGAGAAGAAGGACAAUGAAUCUGACGCGAUGGAUAUCUUGAACGGUACUGGGAUCGAUCUAAAGGAAGAGGAGCAAUACAUGAUCAACAACUCGUUCAACCACGAGCUUACAAGGUCUCACGCAGGUUUUGCUACCGCUGCGCACAGCUAUUCGCAAUUCCCUCCUGGUAAUGCGGCGUCGUUCUAUGGUGCAGGGCCCGCAAAUGCGCCAGCGGAAUCAGCAGAUGGGAAGUCACAAGAAGAAUACAUAAGGCUUGCAGCCGAUAGUGCGUGGCAUGACGCAGCGAGAAGACUUGCUAUGUCUAGGGAACGCGAAAUUUAUGAUCCCUUCUUGUUUACCAUGUUGCUCCAAAAGAAGGUCGACAAGGCUGCUCGAGAACAGGGACUGACUAUCCGUGCUGGAGGAUGGGUGCUACCAGAAAAUUUUCACAAUUCGACGGUUGAUGUCAAGACCGCCGUUGGACCCAGUGGUUCAAUGGUUCAGACAAAUGGUCGCUUCCUCAGUGAGGAUGCCCAGCUGGCGGAUCAGUCUGCUCUAUUAUCUCUUGCUACCAAACAGCGGUUGCUAGGUUUCAUCGAGGAUGCUGCUGCACUUGCCAAGGCAAGACAGACUGGGUCUCACGGGAUUGUGCCCGAAGAGUGGACAGACGUUGCGGCUCCCGUCGAUCUUAGCGCGUCAACAAUUGUAUCUGAGGGCGGAGUCCGUGUUGGAUGGGAGAGUGCGGUUGAUCCGGCAUCUGCUUCCCGUUCUGCCUCUGGUCCCGCAAAGAUGCCGACUCCUGUAUCUGAUUCUGUGAAGACACCCAGCGAUGGUCUGAAAAUGGCGAAUGAUGUUGUGGUAGCCCUUCGAGCUAUAGCCUCCAAAGAGCGAGAUUAUGAGGAGGCUCGACUACAAAAGCGAAACGCACGUGCUGCAGGGGUGGGUACCACAUCGAGACAAGGUUCUAUUUUACCUGGUACUCCGGGUUCGAUUGCCCCGGAAGCAUCAGAAAAGGCUCCUACCAAAAAGGAACAAACCAAGAAAGCGCAAGCAAAAGUGAACGAAGCUGCAAAUCAUGCAGCAGCAAAUCAAACAACCAACCAAUUCUUAGGUGGUGGUGGAGGUAUGUUUGGUAAGAAAAAAAAGGUUUAUAGCUGGAUGAGUACGGGCGCCGGUGGGGGUAGUGGUGCAAGUACACCGAGUCGCGUCAUGGCACAAGGCGGCGGACACAGCGCACUGGGAGCACCUCCUGUACCAGAUAAACUUACCUCUGAUGGUGUAAGACGUGUGGGAGCUUGGCGUGAAGACCAUGACAAAGGCAAAGGCAUCCAGCUCCGAGAUUGGAUUGCUGUUCUUGAAGAAGACGGCCGCGAAAAGCGCGCUCUUCAAUUAGCGUACAUGAACCUCGACGACUCCGGACCGAAAUAA